CUAUUUUCCCUCUUUCCCCCCCGCGACGGCUUUCUUCCUCGCCCUUCUCGCCCUCCCUCUCGUUUACAGUCCACAUAUUGCAUCGCCAACACCAAAACGACCAGUGUCAAGCUUGUGAUCAUCCAGGCGCAUCCGCCGCCACGACGACAGAUACACACUGCGACGAUGCUGUUCUCUCACUUCGGGCGUGCUGCUCUUGCUGCAGCCACGUUCGCUACGCCUUCUCUCGCCCAAACCUCCAACCCACCCGAUCUGGGCCAGUCAACCUUCGUUGCCCCCGAAAACAAUGUCGCCUUCGGCUUCACGGUUCCCGAAAACAGCGGCGAGGAUGUCUUUGUCACUAUUCGAGCCCCCAUCGACCGCACCUGGGCCGCCAUUGGCAUCGGCCAAGACCGCAUGCCCGGCAGCUUGAUCUUCAUGAUCUAUCGCGACGAGACGGGCAACGGCGUCACCUUUUCGCCCCGCGUCGCAUACGGCAACUACGAACCCACAUAUUACGACCACAUGAAGUGGGAGGUCCUUCCCGGUACUGGCGUCUUCAACGGCUCCAUGUUCUUCAGUGCCCGCUGCACCGAUCACUGCAGGAGCUGGCCCGGCGGAUGGGUUGACGUGUCCAACGAGAACCAGAAGGCCAUCUACGCCGUCGGCCCCAAGGGCGGCUUCUUCUCCAACAAGAUGGACACGUCUGUCAAGUUCCACGAGGAGUUUGGUCGCUUCACAAUCAACAUGAAGCGCACCAUUGGCCCCGCCGACGCCCCUGUUCUCAAAGCCGACUCUGUCAACGAAGGCACGAACCAGAUCUCUGCCAACGACGAACGGAGAGACUAUAAGUCCAUCUUCCACGCCAUCCUGAUGGUUGGCUCCUUGGUCUUCCUCAUUCCCUUCGGCGCCGUCCUCCUACGCUUCGGCAACAUGGUCAGAUGGCAUGCUCUCAAUCAGGGCGUCGCUCUUCUCAUCGUUAUCGUGGGCUUCGUUCUCGGAGUCCUGUCCAGUUUCUGGUAUACUCGUUCUCGCGGUUUCAAAUCUCCUCACCAGAUCAUCGGCUUCAUCGUCGUUGCUUUCCUGCUGGCACAAUUCGCCAUUGGUUUCUUGCACCACCAGAAGUACAAGAAGACGCAUCAGUCGACACCGUACAAGACGGUCCACAUCUGGCUUGGUCGCAUCGUCAUCGCUCUCGGCACUUUCAAUGCCUUCCUUGGCUUCUCGUUUGCGCUUAAUCGCAAGUAUAACUACUUCCUCGCGGCCUUCAUCAUCCUCAUGCUUCUCGUCUCGCUCUUCAUCACUUUCGGCGGCAAGUGGGUCCGCGGCCGGAUCCCUGCCAAGUUCGGCAGCCAGGCGCAGGGCGGCUACAACCCGGAGCCGUGGCGUCAGGUCCCCACGCAGGGCGGCUUCGCCUACGGCGGCGCUCCGCCGGCCUACCAGCCCCCCUCUCACCAGAGCCAGACGAUAGGCCUAACGAGCAUGGUGGCAGACCCGGCGCAGCCGACCAAGGAGCGGAGUGGCAGCCGGGACUACCGCAACAACGACCUGGGCUCAACGCAACAGCCGCGGGAAAUGGUAUGAAGCAAACGGUAUCCAUAUUUCUCUGGCUGGGUACGAAUGUGCUCUGCAUUCGUGGCGUUUCGAGGGGGAAAGCGGAAAACGAAAGUGAAUGACAGAAACGGGCGUCGGUUGGAUUGUCUUCUUGUUGCUUCUCGAUUUGCGACAGCGAAUUAUCUGUACGAUCAAUGUACUUUAAGCUGGCCCAGCGCCAGGGAACGAAUACUUGCGAUCUGGAUGUUUCGCAUCUGAC